UUUAUUGAUUAAAAUGUGUUUUUAUAGUUAACAAAAAAAAGGAAACAUAUUCUCAUUUGUGAUUUAAGGUUAAGUUAUACAAAUGUUUCUAAUACGUUGUCAACGUUUAACUAACAAUUAUGUUAUCAGAAGAAUAUCUACAAAUAUAUCUAAAAAUUUAAUGAAAGACUAUCGUAGUCCUGAACAAAAACGAAAUAUACGAUCUAUAGCACUUUAUAUGACUGGAUUGGGUAUACUCGUAACUGGGCUUAGUUAUGCAGCAGUACCAUUGUACGGAAUGUUUUGUCAGGCAUAUAGUUAUGGAGGAACUAUAGCAGGUCAUGAUGAUAGCAAACUAUUAACUAUGAAGCCUGUUAAAGAAAGAAAGAUAAAAAUAAGGUUCAAUGCUGAUGUAGGUGCAUCAAUGGCAUGGAAUUUUAAACCUUUGCAACAAGAAAUAACAGUAAUCCCAGGAGAGACAGCAUUAGCAUUUUACACUGCUAAAAAUCCUACGGACAAACCAGUUAUCGGUAUCUCUACUUAUAAUGUACUUCCUUUUGAAGUAGGACAGUAUUUUAAUAAAAUACAGUGCUUUUGUUUUGAAGAACAAUUAUUGAAUCCGCAUGAACAGGUCGAUAUGCCAGUAUUCUUUUAUAUUGAUCCAGAAUUCAAUGAAGAUCCUAAAAUGGAAUUCAUUGAUGAUGUAACUUUGUCGUAUACAUUUUUCGAAUCUAAAAAUAAUCUCAAUCUUCCUAUACCAAGUUAUAUUAAAAAUCAUAGUUCGAAAGAAGCAUAAGUUAUUUCCUAUAUAACUUUUAUAAUUGUACAGAGAAAUAUAUAUAGUAGAUUUUUUAUGUUUGAUCAUUGAAAUUUCACUUUAUAUUUAUUUCAAUAAAGUAUAGAGUAUAUGUAUGUAUAUUUAUAUAUGCAUAUGUAUAUAUAGUUGUGUGUAUCAAUAGUUUUAAAUAUGUAUAUAUUAUUGCUAAUAAUUAAAAUCUAAAUAAU